CACCACCCACACCAGCACUGAGCUAAAUUAGGGUUUCCAUGUCUUUCCACAUCCUAACCCCUCAACCCCAGUCUUUGGAGCUAGAUCCAUUGCUUCGAAUUGCUGUUGUGAUCUCCCACAGCUACAGCCAUAUCCGUGUCCCCUUGGCUUUCGCUGCCUGUGGUGUUGAGCAUUCGUCAUGGAGUUUCAGUUUGUGGGCAUUUAGACUUGUGUCGAAAUUCACCAUGGAAUUGAGAGCAUCAAUUCGGGCUCUUUCAUUUUGUAAUGCGUUCGGGGUCUCGUUUGGGAAUCCAUGGGGGAACGGAAUUGCCGCAAGUCAUUCCGCUGGGCGUGUUUUUCUCCCUAUAGUUUCCCAAGCAGUACAAUUGAAGCGGAGCCCGUCAGUGGCGGAGAUUACACCCAAGCAGCUGCAGCGGAGACAGAAGAAGCAGGAGUGGCGAAGGAAGCAGCGGAGGAUGAGGAGGGUGACGGAGCAGGAGAGGCAUGAAAAUAAGAAUCUCGUGAGAAAUGACAGAGGUGCUGUGCAAUCCGAGGUAGAGAUAGAGGUAGAAGAAGAGCAAGCGGGGGAGAUCACUCUUAUAAGCAAGUUUGAGGAAGAGUUUGCCAUGAGGGUCAGAGACACAGCGAAUUGUAUUGAACCUAGCACCACUGAGACCUCGGACAUUAAUGAGGGUGAGCUCGCGGUGAAUUCUAGUAGGUUUCGGGAGGACUCGCAUUCGGUGAAUGAGGGCAGCCUGGAUGAAGUGGAGUUUGAGUCAGUUGCACCGAAUGACUGGCUUCUAGCUCAUGAACGUCGCAGCAAUGGCGAUGUGGAUAAUUCUGGAAAAUAUACUGAGGAAAUUGUUGAGAAUAGUUAUGUUUGCAAUGAUGGUGUGAGACUCAACGAUGGAGGCAUUGACGACGUAGGGUCUCGAUCAAAUUUUUACAUUGAAGAGAAUGGUAGCCGUAGUCUUGGCAUAAAUGAAGAUGGGAGUUUGGGCGUUCAACGGAAGGAGAGAAAUCUGUAUAUGGAGAUUCCCGUGGUGGCUCAGAAUAUUGAGCUCUCGAGUAAUGACAAUGGCAACAUGACAGAGGAAAACUCAUCUGUAAUCAAUGUGCAUUACGAGAACGUGGAGGAAAAUUCGCCAGUGCGCUCUUGUAAUAGAUCACAGUUGCAUUUCAUUGAGAAUUCUCUUAAUAAACACACGUCAAUUAAAGUAGCGGGCAUAUCUAGCCGUUCCCAUAAUAAUGCAUUUAGUACGUGUAGUGGACGUAAGAUGCGUGAUAGGAAUAAAACAGAUGCAAGUACAGCAUCUGAGGAAGCAUGUUGCCAGGAAGGCUCUUCGAGUGCUCUUGAACGAAUGGAUUUGCGUGUUAAUCCUAAAACCUCAGGACGGAAACAGAAUAUUGUGGGUCAGUGUACCAUAGAUGGAAGGAAGGGAGAACCUUUGGCAACAUUACUGGAUAAGCAAUUGGGAGAUAGUUUACCAACGCAUGGUGUGCAUGAAGAAUUGCACGAAGAUGCUACUAGCAGGGUUUGGAGGCUGCCAGCCAACGAGAGGAAGCACCUAGAACGACUGGUAGAAGAGUUAACUAAGGUGGGCAAGAAGCAGACAUUUUUGCUCUCACGACUCAUGCAUGGCUCUCGUGUAAAGUGGACGAAUGGUCAUUUGAUAGAACUAGUAAAAAUGCUUGGGGUACAUAACGAUUGGCGUAAAGCCAUGGAAGUUGUACACUGGGUACAUUGUCGAGAACAUUUCGGGCAUUGUCGAAGCAGAUAUGUUUACACGACGCUCCUGGCUGUGCUUGGAAAGUGUCUUCGACCUGUGGAAGCAUUGAAUGUCUUCAACGUUAUGCGUGAAGACCAUUCAACCUAUCCAGAUAUUGCCGCUUACCACUCUAUAGCUGUGACUCUUGGCAAAGCUGGUCAUCUUACACAGUUGCUCCAUUUGAUUGAGUCCCUAAGGCAAGAGUCCAUGAAGAAGCGUGCUAGGGGCAUACCACUACAGUUAAGCUGGAAAGGGUCCCUGGAGCCGGACAUUGUGAUUUACAAUGCUGUCAUAAAUGCAUGCGGACCUCAUAGAGAAUGGGAAGGGGCGGAAUGGGCUUUACAACAAAUCAAAUUUUCUCGGAUCACUCCUGAUUCUAUUACUUAUGAUCUCGCAAUUGAGGUUAUGGUAAAAUCAGGGCAGUAUGAUAAAGCUUGGAAAUAUUAUGAGCUAAUGGAGAGAGAAGGUUUUCUUCCUAGUGGUAAAACUUUCAAAGCUCUUGUGGAGGCCCUUGGCACGACUGGUGAGGUGGAUAGAGCCAUGGAAAUGGUAGAAGAUAUGGAAAGUCGAGGAGUCUCUGAAUGUGCUGGAGUUUACUAUGCUCUUGCAUCUGCACUUUGCACCGCAGGUCGGUUAAGCGAAGCCCUUGUACAGGUGGCAAAACUAGCUAAUCAUCCUUCCAAGAAACCGGACGUGAUAACAUUCACUUGCCUGAUUCAGACCUGCGAGAAAGCAGGUCGCUGGCAAGAUGCCAUCACUUUAUUUAAUCGUAUGCAAUAUGUGUGCUCUCCAAAUGUGGGAACCUACAAUACUAUGAUUGCUCUUUAUGGAAGACUCCGCAUGUUCGAAGAAGCGAGGAACAUGUUUGAGUUCGUGAAGGAAGGCAAGGGCAUUGACAGCAGAUCUACUCCUGCUGAUUCAAGGCUAAGUCCAACUGCGCACACUUAUGAGUCUAUGCUAGGUGCCUGCGCUGCCUGUGAACAUUGGGAUUAUUUUGAAGUUGUUUUGCAAGAGUAUCGCACUUCUGGAUUUCAACUCGAUCGUCGGCGCCACUUAUGGUUCAUGUCGCCUAUUGUCAAAGCUGGCCAGGAAAGGUUGAUAGAUCUGGUGGCCUGUCUUUUGCAACGUCCAAACGAGCCUCCAAAUGCUGAGUUCUACAGGGUUCUCCUCCCGUUGCUAUCCAUGCAUGGACGGUACACCCUAGUCCUUAACUAUCUCAGCGUUGCACUUGAACAGGGUGUGGUCCUUAAUACAGCAGAGUGGUCCUCAAUUGUAGGGAAGGCUCUAGAACAGUUACCCAUGGCAGAUGCCAAGAAUUUUUUUUGUGCAAAUGUCACAGCAGUCAAAGUGAAUGAUAACAAGUUAGUGAAGCAGCUAUUGCAAUGUCUCAUUUCUGUGGGGGCUGAAACGAAGGCGAGGAAUAUAGUCACCUCAUUAGGUCUACAAUUGAGCGAGUUUGCACCUGAUAAACAUGAUUCAAGGCUAGUGAUGCAAGAGGAAGAAAAUAUUUCAAGUAUCUUGGAAAACAAACCAGAUCAAAUAUUGACCUAGAUUUAGAGAGCCUCAUUAACACACGUCAUUAUCGAUGUGAAGAUGACGGACUAUCCAUAUAUGAUAUCAAGCUGCACUGCUACAGUGGAGAAAGAAGGCCUCCUGUAGGUCCAGAAUAAAUGGCAGCGUAGAAUAGAUGUCAUUAAUGAUAAUUGAUCGCGUACUCACAAUUUCGCGCUUCAUUUAUGUAUAUAAAAGAGUUGUGGAAGCACUUUUGUGUUAUUGAGGUGCUAUUUUGCAUCA